AUGAUAGCAUGUUCUUUUUUUAGAUGGUUACUUCCAGUUAUCUCAGUCACUAUCUAUUUUUCUCAGUCUGUUCAUAUCUAUCUAUCUAUCUAUCUAUACCAGUCUGUUCAUAUCUAUCUAUCUAUCUAUCUAUCUAUCUAUCUAUCUAUACCAGUCAGUUCAUAUCUAUCUAUCUAUACCAGCCUGUUCAUAUCUAUCUAUCUAUACCAGCCUAAUAGACUAAGAAAAAUCACAUCAAUCUUAAUCUAUUCAUAUCUUUAUAUCUAUCUACUUUCUAUGCUUCUAUCUAUCUAUCUAUCUAUCUAUCUAUCUAUCUAUCCUUCCUUAUCUAUCUAUCUAUCUAUCUAUCUAUCCAGUCCUCCCUUAUCUAUCAAUCUAUCUAUCUAUUUAGUCCUUCCUUAUCUAUCUAUCUAUCUAUCUAUCUAUCUAGUCCUCCCUUUUAUCUAUCAAUCUAUCAAUCUAUUUAGUCCUUCCUUAUCUAUCUAUCUAUCUAUCUAUCUAUCUAUCUAUCUAUCUAUCUAUCUAUCCUUCCUUAUCUAUCUAUCUAUCUAUCUAUCUAUCUAUCUAUCUAUCUAUUUAGUCCUUCCUUAUCUAUCUAUCUAUCUAUCUAUCUAUCUAUCUAUCUAUCUAUCUAGUCCUCCUUUAUCUAUCAAUCUAUCAAUCUAUUUAGUCCUUCCUUAUCCUUCCUUCUAUCUAUCUAUCUAUCUAUCUAUCUAUCUAUCUAUCUAUCUAUCCUUCCUUAUCUAUCUAUCUAUCUAUCUAUCUAUCUAUCUAUCUAGUCCUCCCUUAUCUAUCAAUCUAUCUAUCUAUUUAGUCCUUCCUUAUCUAUCUAUCUAUCUAUCUAUCUAUCUAUCUAUCUAUCUAUCUAGUCCUCCCUUAUCUAUCAAUCUAUCUAUCGAUUUAGUCCUUCCUUAUCUAUCUAUCUAUCUAUCUAUCUAUCUAUCUAGUCCUCCUUUAUCUAUCAAUCUAUUUAGUCCUUCCUUAUCUAUCAUCUAA